CAUGCGAGAGUAUAGUGGAUGAACUGGAUGAAAAUGAAAUUCUCCAAAACCAUCGCUUCUUUUUCACAUAAAUUCGCGAAAGCCGAACAUAGUAGGCAUCGUUCGAAUAAGUGUCGUAGCAGUUUGUAGAGUGCCGCCGGCAGCUGUUUGUAAACAAUACCGACAGCAAUUCCAAUAUGGCUGAAAGUGCUUUUCAUAUGAUUGUUUCACCUGAUUUAUAUAUAUAGGAGCCUUGCCUAAAUUGUCUGCUGCCUAAACUAUCUAUGGAAAUAAUAAUAUACGUUUAUAAACAUUAAAUCUUGCUUUUAAAUUUCACAAGGUGCAGUUCGGUAUGGCAGACGAUCUUCAAAACUAUAAACUGCAGCUACAACAAGUGGAAGCAGCGCUCCUCACAGAUCCUGAAAAUUCAGAGCUACUGAAACUCAAACAAGAUUUGGAGGAAGUUAUCGAUUUGACCAAGGAUUUGAUUCGAGCACAGCAGGAAGCUGAGCAGAAAAAGAGUGCAUACAUAGAACCUGCUAGCACCAGUUAUUUUGAAGCUUUUUCAGCAGCAGAGAAAAAGCAGUCCAAACCCCUUGUUAUAUGGAAAGUUGGCGACAAAUGUUCAGCCAAAUGGAUUGAAGACGGGCAAUAUUACGAUGCCACAAUUGAAGCGAUUACCGAUAACGGAGAGGUCAGCAUAGUCUUCGAUGCGUACCAAAAUCGAAGCACCACAACGAUUAGCGAGCUGAAGGAGCGUAAAGUCCGGAAUGAAGUUUUCCCUUCGAAUAGCAAUAAGCGAAUGAGACCGAACCAAAAGGAGUAUCUCAAGAAAAAAAAACAGAAGAAACUGAUUCGAUUCAAGGAGCUAGAGGAAGAGCGGGAAACCGAGAAAAACAAAUGGCUCCAAUUUUCUGCCAAGAAUACGAAGAAAACAGGCGUUAAGUGCAAGAGCAUAUUUGCCUCACCUGAGAAUGUGAAUGGGCGAGUAGGAAUUGGCACAUGUGGAGUCUCUGGCAAGCCAAUGACAGAGUUCUCUCACGGUGAGAAGUAUCGGAAGGGGGUGUGAAUUAAUCAUUGGCUCGAAAGAACAUUUUUCCCAACACAUACAAUAUAUAAUAGACUCAGCCAGGAUUUCCAUUAAAUUGUAAUCACAUUUCAGUAGAUUACUAGUUUUUAGAAACUACCAAACGAAAGAUAAUAAAAAUUAAAAUAAACUCAAA